AUCCAGAUAUUUUAUCUUAAUUAAAAUCAGAUAUGAGCUGUCAAGGUAUAGCUGUCAUAUGGACCCCUCCAUAGCCCCAGGCCAUCAACAUUGACACCUUGGCGGGACUUCCGCCUUGCCAAGCAUCAUCUCAAGCUGGCCUUCCCCCGUCAACUCGAGACACCUCGAACACCUCAACUACCCGACCCCGUCUCUCCUUCAUUAUCUGCGGUCAAUUGGAUCUGGUAUUGAGUCACUCAUCAAUCCGGUCGCCUCUUUCCUUGCUAUCUUUCAACAUCCAAUUCUAUCAACUCCUCUUCCUCCCUACCUUCAUCAUGACACGCGCUCAGCAGACUCUCUCCGUCCUCCUCCUCGUCUCCUCCCUCUACCUCUCCCUCUACCUCGGCCUGGUCCCCUUGAACGAGACCGUCCAGACCGAGGUCAUCCCCGUGUUGCCUUUCUACGCGGUCAUUGUUUUCGGCUGCUACCUCCUCGGUCGCCUCGGUGUCGCAAUCUUCACUUUCAACGAUGUCCCCGAGGCCCACGCCGAGUUGCAGCGCGAGAUCGAAUUGGCCAAGGUUGAGCUGCGCAAGGGCAAUGUCGAGGUGGACUAAAUUUUGAAAUUCAAAUUCAUUUUCCGUGGAGUUGGGAUUAUCAGGCAUGGCCGGCUACCGGGGCUGGUCUCGCCUCGAGCUUGGAUGCAGGAGCUUGACUCCGACCUAGACCCAGGAAGGGGGCGAGGGCCUGCACCGGGGCAUUAUAAAACACGGUUCUUUCUUAAUGGUCGUUCCUCUUUUUGCCAACAAUGAACAUCCCGUUUGAUACCCUUCAACCUUGGAUUCCCGAAUAUCUUUCGCGCUCGAGGGGUCAGUCAUUGCAGACCUGACGUCCCCCGGACCUAGUAGUCCCCGUUUGAAUAUGGUGAUCGGUAUGUAGGAGUUAGGGGGGAUGGAUAGCUUUUUCUAAAUUCAUAAGGAUAUCGUAAAAUGGACAUGCCCGGGAUCAACUUCCACGCCGGGAAGGAGGGGGGCCAUUCGCAGUCAAACUGAGGGACCGAAUAGCCACCGACAGUAUCAGAGCGCCUCGCAGAAUGAAAUGCAGUUCGCCAAUGCAAUAGUAAGCUGCUUAAAUAAUCGGGUUCUCCUUGGCCAGAGCAUCGUGCUCAUCAAUAUCC